AACCAACUAUUUCCUAAACCUCUUCAUCCAUAAACAACAUUUUCUACUCUGAGUCACUGUAAUCUUCUUUGGAUAAACUAAUAUAUAUGUAUACGUAUGCUCUUACGUUACGUCUCCAACAAAGAACAAUUGACUGGUAUAGCAUCAAAGUUUUUAUAUAUAGCAGUACUUCAAUAAGAAACUUAAGCCUGCUUAAUUCAUUUCAUAGAACAUUAUUGUUGUUCAUCCCUUCCUCUUAAUUUCCAUGGCUUCUCAUCAGGACCACCAGCUUCACUUUGUGUUCUUUCCUCUAAUGGCUUCCGGCCACAUGAUCCCAUUAAUGGACAUUGCUAGAUUGUUUGCACAACAAGGCAUCGUUGUCACCAUAUUCACCACACCCCACAAUGCAGCCCGAUUUCAAGCAGUUCUUACUCGAGACAUAGAAUCUGGGCUCCAAAUCCGCGUAAUCCAAGUGAAAUUUCCAGCUGAAGAAGCAGGAUUGCCCGAAGGCUGCGAAAACUUUGACAUGCUACCUUCACCAGAAUUGGUCUUCAAUUUCUUUGCUGCGACUGCCUUGCUUCACAAGCCAGUAGAGAAAUUAUUUGAAGAGCUCACUCCAAAGCCAAAUUGCAUAAUCUCAGACGUGACUUUUCCAUGGACAUAUAGCAUUGCUAGCAAGCAUCACAUUCCAAGGAUAUCUUUUGGUGGAACAGGCUGCUUCAGCUUCUUGUGCGCUCACAAUUUGCGCGUAUCCAACGUGCUUGAGAGUGUAACGUCUGAUUCGGAGUACCUUGUUCUUCCCGACCUGCCUGAUCGAAUUGAGAUGACAAAAGCUCAGCUUCCAGACGGGACAGUGACAGCAAAACUGAAAGAUAUUGGUGACGAAAUGGCAGCAGCUGACACGGAGACAUAUGGGAUGAUCAUGAAUACUUUUGAGGAAUUGGAGCCAGCAUAUGUUAAAGAAUACAAAAAGGUAAAGAAGGAUAAACUCUGGUGCAUUGGCCCUGCUUCCCUACGCAACAAAGACAACUUGGACAAGGCACAAAGGGGCAACAAAGUCUCCAUUGAUGAACUUCACUGCUUCAAGUGGCUUGAUUCAUGGGCACCAGCUUCUGUAGUUUAUGCUUGCCUUGGAAGUAUGUGUAACCUCAGCUUUGAACAGUUGGUAGAGAUUGGAUUGGCGUUAGAGGCAUCAAAUAAACCGUUCAUUUGGGUUGUAAGGGGCUGCAGAGAAACACAGGAAUUGGAGAAGUGGAUUGCAGAAAAUGGAUUUGAGGAAAGAAACAAAGCAAGGAGCCUCUUGAUUCGGGGUUGGGCUCCGCAGACACUCAUAUUAUCGCACCCUGCAAUUGGUGGGUUCUUGACACAUUGUGGCUGGAAUUCCACAUUGGAAGGGAUUUGUGCUGGGGUGCCUUUGCUCACAUGGCCACUUUUUGGGGACCAAUUUAUGAAUGAGAAAUUUGUUGAACAGAUUCUAAAGAUUGCAGUGAGAGUUGGGGUAGAAUUUCCAGUGACGUGGGGAGAGGAGGAGAAGAUUAGGAGGGUGUUGAGAAAGGAGAAAGUGAAGGAGGCCAUAGAGAAAUUGAUGGAUGGAGAAGAAAGCCAAGGAAGGAGAGAGAGAGCCAGAGAGUUAGCAGAGAUGGCAAAGAGAGCAGUAGCAGAAGGUGGAUCUUCUCACCUGAACAUUAAACAGCUAAUCCAAGAGAUCAAAGAACUAAAUUGCAUAGACACAAACUAAAAAGGGUGUGAAGGAUCUUUUCUCAAGCAUACUGCUUACUGCAUAGAUUUUUGUAAUGAUUAUAAUGCAGUUUUUUAUUUCACUAUUUCUCUCUUUACUGUCCUUGGGUUGAUUUGGAAGAACCAAAUAUAGGUGUGUUUCGGCCUAUUAAUUUUGUAAAAGCAAUAAUUAAACAAAAAAUAAGAAAAUUGGUGUGAAAUAGAAA